GCGGGCGCAGGGCGGGCCCCGCCGCCCCCCCCGCGCCCCCGGGCAGCCCGCCAUGCUGCCGCCGGGCGCGCCGCCCGCGCGGCCGCCCGCGAGGGCGCCCGGACGAGGCUCCCCCACCGCCGGGGAGGUCCUGAGGAGCCUGCCCCGGCCGGAGGAGCUCGAGGGCCUCGUCAGGUACAAAGGCCCCGCCUCCCAGAGGGAGGUGUUGAGGCAGGCGGCGACCAACUCUGAGCUCCAGAGGGCCGUCGAGAAGGGCGACGCCGAGAGGGUGGCGGCGAUCUUGCGCUACGGCGCCCGGGGGCGCUGCGUCAACGUGAACGCGCCGCUGUGGCCCACGCGGGAACGAGUGCUGCAUCUGGCCGCGCGGGGCGACCGCCGCGACAUCUGCGUCCUGCUCUUGGAGGCGAGGGCCGAGCUGGACUGCGAGGAGAUCACCGACGGGAAGCACCCGCUACACGAGGCCUGCUGCACAGGCAGCUGCAGUGCCGUGGAGCUCCUCCUCGACCGGAGGGCACGCCUCGAGGAGGCCAAUUUCACCGGGAUGCGCCCUCUCCACUGGGCGGCCGCCGCGGGCCACGCCGGCGUCGUGGACCUGCUGUUGGACAGGAGGGCUCAGUGCGACGCGCGCUCCGGCAACACCUGGGCUCCCCUGCACCACGCCGCCGCCGCGGGGCACGCGGCCUCCGUGCGCCUGCUCUGCGGGCGGGGCGGCGCCGUCGACGCGGAGUGCAGCGGCGGCCGCCGCCCGGCCCACGUGGCGUGCCAGGCGGGGCACCUGGAGGCCGCCGCGGCGCUCCUGGACCACGAGGCCGGGGGCCCCAAGCUGGGGCCCUGA